UUAUUUUCAACACUCCCCCUCAAGUUGAGUAAUGGCAUUUCCGAUACUUAACUUGUCCAGAACUUCUCUGAAGACUUUUGUGUUUACAGCCUUAGUCAAUAUGUCAGCCAACUGUUCAUCCGAUCGUAUGAAAGGAAGUUCAAUGAUCCCACUAUCGAGCUUCUCUUUGAUGAAAUGCCGAUCGAUCUCCACGUGUUUGGUUCUGUCGUGUUGUACGGGAUUUUCAGAUAUACUAAUCGCAGCUUUAUUGUCACAGAAGAGCCGACUUCCCCUUCUUGGAGGAAAGCCAAUCUCUGUGAGCAAUCUCCGAAGCCACAGGAUUUCAGUUAUCCCACUUUUUACUCCUCUGAAUUCUGCCUCUGCACUUGAUAGGGCCACUACUUUCUAUUUUUUGCUUCUCCAUGUGACCAAGUUUCCUCCAACGAAGAUACCGGACAAUUCUCAAAGCUGCCUCCAUAUGCUCCUUCUGGGGUUUGUGCAUAAACUGACUUACUAUUCCAACUGCAUAUGUGAUGUCGGGCCGUGUAUGGGAGAGAUAGAUGAGUUUCCCAACAAGGCGCUGGUAUUUUCCUUGAUCUGUUAAGUCAGCUCCCUCAACAAUUGUUAAUCCAUGAUUUAUCACAAUCGGUGUUUCUGCAGGUUUACACUCGAGUAGCCCAGUUUCUGCAAGUAAGUCAAGGACAUACUUUCUUUGUCUCAGGAAGAUUCCCUUUUUCGACCUUAAAAUCUCAAUUCCAAGGAAGUACUUCAGAGAUCCAAGGUCUUUCAUUUCAAAUUCCAGGAACAAGUUUUUCUUCAGGUUUACUAUCUCUUCAACAUCGUCUCCUGUGAUAAUCAUGUCAUCAACAUAAAUGAUUAAACAUGUUACCUUUCCUUCUCUUCGUUUCAC